AUGGGUGACAAUAUACCCUAUCGGUCGAAAGACAAGCCUGAAGACUCUUCCCGCGGCGAUGAUCUCGACGACGAGGAAGAGGAAGUUGACGAGACGGGCUACAAGACAGUCCGCGAUGCGGUCCUCUUCGCCAUAGAGGUCAACAAGUCUAUGCUGAAAGUGCCACAGUCGUCGUCCGGCUCGAAGAAAUCAGACAAAACUUCGCCUCUACUGGCAGCAUUGAAAUCUGCAUACCAUCUGAUGCAGCAGCGCAUCAUUGCCACACCCAAGGAUCUGAUGGGCAUCCUGCUGUAUGGCACCGAAGCAACCAAAUUCUACGGCGAGGACGAAAAUUCCAAGGGUGGCUAUUCGUUCCCUAAUUGCUACCUUUUGACUGACCUGGAUGUCCCGGAGGCGGAUGAUGUCAAGGCGCUGAAGGAACUGGUCGAAGCAGAGAAUCCCGAGUCCAAUCGACUUUUUAGACUUGCAGAAGAACCCGUGUCGAUGCACAAUGUCCUCUUCUGCGCCAACCAGAUCUUCCAACAAAAGGCGGCAAAUUUCACGUCGAGACGACUGUUCGUCGUGACGGAUAAUGACGACCCGCAUUCGAGCAGCAAGGAAUCACGUUCACAAGCAACUGUUCGAGCCAAGGAUCUAUACGACUUGGGCGUGACCAUUGAACUGUUUCCCAUCUCUACGGCUGAUCACGCCUUUGACACGAAGUUGUUCUGGGACGACAUUGUCUACCGCUCAUCACCGUCUGACCCUGAAGCCAUCGUUUACAACCCUCCAUCCAUUGUGGACGUUGACGGCUCAAAGAUGGUCAGCGGUGGCGGCGAUGGCAUCACACUACUUCAGUCUCUGUUGUCCAAUAUUCAAUCCAAAAUUGCCCCGAAACGAUCGCUCUUUUCCUCAGUGCCCCUCGAACUUGGUCCGGAUUUCAGGAUCUCGGUCAAAGGUUAUCUCUUGUAUAAGCAUCAAAAGCCAGCGCGGAGUAGUUACAUCUACCUUGGUGGCGAAAAACCCGCGAUCGCGACGGGCUUCACGGAAAUGGUGGCUGACGAUGAGGCCGACCGCAGAACGGUGGAGAAAGCGGAAAUUCGAAAGGCAUAUACCUUUGGCGGAGAAAAGGUUACGUUUUCAGCUGAAGAGACGCAGCAACUCCGCAAUUGGGGCGAACCGGUGAUCAGGGUGAUUGGGUUCAAGCCGAUGGCGAGGCUGCCGAUGUGGGCAAACAUAAAGAACUCAACCUUUCUGUAUCCGUCUGAAGAGGACUUUGUUGGCAGCACGCGGGUGUAUAGUGCGUUGCACCGCAAGCUGUGCAAAGACAAAUUGUUCGCAGUUACAUGGUUUGUGCCGAGAAAGAAUGCGGUCCCAGUCAUGGCUGCUAUGGUCCCAACAUUGUCGGCCGAGGACAGCGAGGACAAGUCCAAUCCCGCAGGAGUCUCUGCCACGGGUGCGCCCCAGGGGUUGCAUCUCAUACCACUUCCGUUUGCGGAUGAUGUCCGACAGAAUCCGCCCUCAACACAUGAAACGCCAGUUCGGGCGCCAGAUGAGCUCGUCGAUGCCAUGAGGCCGAUCGUCCAGCAACUGAACCUUCCUAAGGGCAUAUAUGACCCCUCUAAAUACCCGAAUCCCAGCCUGCAAUGGCAUUACCGCAUUCUUCAAGCCCUCGCCCUGGACGACGAAAUCCCCGAGAAGCCGGAGGACAAGACGAUACCAAAAUAUCGCCAGAUCGACAAGAGAGUGGGUGUGGAGGCGAUAGAAUGGGGCAAGGUCCUGGAAACAAGCUUCCGACGAUACCUAGAGGACAAUCCCGAUGCCGCCUCCACAGGAUCAAAGCGUCCUCCGAGCAACGGGACCACAGCCCAGUCUACGAAGGCAGGCGCAGGCAAAAAGGUCAAAUGGGAAGAUGGCAGUAAAGGGAUUGAUGAGGCGCAGAUCAGACAGCUUUGGCAGAAGGGUCAGCUUGCAAAACUGACAGUUGCCGAGUUGAAGGAGUUUGCCGCAACGGUGAAGAUUCCUGUCACGGGCAAAAAGGCAGAUAUCGUCGAGAAGAUCGAAGGCUGGCUGGAGAGCAAAUGA